AUGGCUGACCUAAAUUACGCGAAUGUUGAGGGCCUAUCACUAGGUGAGACAGUGACUUGUCCCGAUUCCGCCACGAUUUUCAUGUCGGACGACGCCGGAUGGAACGGGUUCACCCUACGGGACAAGCGCAGUGCUCUAAUGCCCAAACAGGUGCAGGUGGGUGCUCACCUUAUAGGAUUUCCAAAACCUGAACUGCAUCUUUCUACUGACAAAGUUAUACUCAGUGAAGAGUUCCGUUGCUAUGGUAUCGGAUUCAAUUCUCGUCACUACCGAUAUAAAGUGCGGAACAUGAAGAAUUAUACCUACGGCAAGUUCUGCCCCGCUUCCAACCAAAGGGACGGAAUUAUGAAGUUCGAUCCCAUAUGUCAACCUGGAGUGCAACAAAUUGAGUGUUCCAUCUACGGUGAUGCACAGUACGGCAUACCUGAGACAUCACAAGUUCUAGAGAUUAAUCUGAUUGGUAAGUUUCAGUGGGUGUGGCAUAUCUGGGUGUUACUCCUAUACUCAAAUCCAAUUUUAAACGCUAACUUGCUAUCUACGGCCCAGCCCGCUUAUGCUACUAGUGUUCACAAAUCAGGCUUGAUUUUGAGGCGAAACUUAAGCGUGUCAGUGGCAGUCUAUCUACAGCCAUCAGCACAAAAUUGA